UUCAGAUUCCCAAAUGUGCUUACCUCAUUCUCUUAAAGAUAUCUGGAGUGAUGACUUGGUGUCAUGAGAAGGAAGUGACGAGUGCUCGCCACAGAUGCCCAAGGUAACACAUCAGUUUGAGAACACCCUGAGGGACAACAAGGGCAAGCCUCAUAAAAAGGACUUGAUGGCUAGCUUGGAAGCUCCAUUCAAAGAGAUGAUAUCCAAAGAUUCCCUGACUAUAAAUGGCAAGCUUAAAAAGUUCAAGACAUGCUCUAAGUCAAAUCCUCAUUGCAAGAGGCCCAAACCAAGCACUUAUAAAUCAAAUUCCCCAAGAAGGAAGUCUAAGUUGCUCAGAGAUAUUCCUUCUUGUGAGAUCCUCCAACUACUAAUCUCUUGAAAGGAGGACUAGCCUGGAUCUGAGAAUGGCUGGAUAAAUCUCUCUAAUUUCUCAUAAAAUAUUACGAAAUUUUUUAGGAAUUUUUAAACUUUUAUUCCAAUUUUAGAAAAUAUGUAAAAGUCCCUGGGGGAGUUACAUUAGAGGUUUUAUUAAAGCAACUUUUGAGGUGGUAGAUUAACAUAAAGUGUUUUGGAUAUUAUAGCCAGCAUGCUGCAUGGAGAGUUCUCACGUUUUCGAAUAGGCCCAAUAGUAGCGACAGGAUUUGCUCUGAGCAGGAUUCAUCAAUGUCAAAGAAUCUUGGCAGCAAAUAAGGAAACAGAGGAUUUUUAUUGCUUCCUUUGAGAGUAAUGAAAGCAAGUUAGCAUUCGAUGUUAUAGGAUCUGUUAGGUGUCUUUUCUUUUAUAAUUUUUUAUAGAUAUCAUAAUUCUGGAAAUUGAAUGUGGACCAGUCUUUCUGAUAGAGAAGUUGACAAUGGCAUAUCUUGCGGAGAUUGGAGCU